AUGUCAUCCCUGCUCCAAAAAAUGCUCCGAACCCGGAGGGUCGACGAGCAGUUCCUCCGACAUUCCGAGUGGGCUCGGCGGCUCGGCGUGCCUUUAAUGGUAGCUCUAGCCGGAAUUAAGAGCAUUUCCAUGAUGCUCUUCAUUAUUCUACCCUUCUCACUAACCCAGGUCGCCGGUCCGAGUACGGUUUUGGCGCCGAUUUUCGCAUUUUUGAUUAUUUUUUUCUCUGCCGCUCACCUCUCGGAACUCUCAUGCACCAUGCCGAAAAACUGUGUACAGUACCAUUUUGCGUACGCCGUCAUCGGAGAGCUCCCGGCUUUUGUGAUCGCGUGGAUUAGUCUGGUGGACUAUGUGGCACAGGCCGGAUUGUUUUGUAAAGCGUGGGCGGAUCAUUUUAACCUUCUCUUCCGCGGGCUCCCAGCCAAAUCCCUGACCUUCGACGUUUUCUCCACCGACUCGAUGCUUCUAUCCCCUCAAGUCGACCUUCUCACCGUACUCUCCGCCAUCAUAACUCUAUGCCUUCUGCUGUGCUCUCUCCGAGUUGUCGGAACAAUCUGUGUAUCCCUUCUAGCAGUCACCCUCCUUAUCGCCGCUUCCUGCACAAUGGUCGCAUUCUUCCAUUCGGACCCCGAGAAUUGGAUCAAGGCCGAGUUUUUCCAUUUUGGAUAUCAGGGGGUGCUCUACGCGAUUUGUGCUCUUUGUGCAUGUUAUACUGGAAUUGAGAGCACGUCGUGUCUACUGGAGGAGACCAAGAAUCCGAGGAAGCGAAUUUCGGGGGUUUUGUCGUUUUUGGUUUUGGUGCUGACUACUAUCUUUUUCGUGCUUUCUAUCACUUUUAGUUUAUCCACAAAUGUGACAGCUCUCAGUGAAGGAAUCAUGAUCCCGGAAGUUUUCUCAGUAAUCAAUAUUCCAGCGGCAAAAUCCUCGUCCAAGCACUGGGUCCGUCGGUUUCCGAUGAUUAGCCCGUCGGAAAGUGCCACGUCAUCAUCCAUUUCACCGUCCGCAUUCAGAUCCUACUACGAGCAGGGUUUUAUUCGAAUGCGGUACAUGCUCUCGGUGUGCUCAGUGUGUGCUCUUUCCGGCGGAGUUCUCGCUUCAUUUCUCCCAGCAACACGUGUCAUUGCCGCACUGUGCCAUGACCGUCUGAUCCCAUACGCCAAGGACACCUCCACCAAGAGCCCAUAUUUUGCGGUUCUCCUGUGCACUGUACUUGUUGCAUUGUGCUCUAUGAUCCAAAAAACUAUGUUGCUGAAUUUUGUGAUUUUCAUGGCUCCGGUGAAGCUUGUGAUUACGAUCCUCCUGGUCUACCUUCAACACUACUACCCGGAACAAAUCGGAAUCCCAGAGGAGACCUCCAACUACAAAUCCAUUGGCAAAAAGCGCACGCGGGUCCAUAUCGACGACGGGGUCUCCAUAGAUGAUUCAGUAUCCUUAAUCCCUUCCAGACAUCUUGAGGAUCAUGAUGAUCAGUCGGAAGUCAGUCACUCCACAUUCGAUACCACCGCUUUUUUGUACAUGAAAGCCACCAAAAUGGAGUCGGAGAGACUUCAGAAGCGAUUGGAGAAGGAACAACUAGAGAAUGAAGAACUUCAGCCGGUGUUGGCAAAAUCUGUGUCACAAUACCACACUAUGGACCCGAACUUGAAGAAAGCUAAGAAAAUCAAGAAGCACGCGCACAACUGUGUGGCCGAGCAGUGUGGAGCUGAGAAUGAUGAUGACUUCAACUCGCAAGAGGUGCACCUAUUCGCAAACGAGGAACCCGAAUUGCCAUUCUUCUCAACAUUUUCCUCAUCGGCACCCCGUCCACCUUCGCCAGACGUCAGUUUCGCCACGUUUCACCGUUCCCGGCGUCUGCUAUUCCUGUUUUGCGUGGUGACUUGCGCAUUUUCGGCGUUUUUACGGAACUAUGCGGUGCCUACGGUGACAUGUUGGAUGUUAAGCAUCGGAUUUGUGCUGGUUAUUGUGGUAUUCACUGUGAAUAUUAACCGGCUACAGACUAAUGAUUAUUUGUACAAAAAAGAAUCCAAAGUAACCCUAUUCCCAACCACCUCUCUCUUCACAUUAUUCAUGCUCCUUGGCUCAUUUGCUGGCAGUGUGCCAACAAAAACUUUGGCUCAUUUGGUAGUGAUACCUUUAAUUGGAAUCUUGGCAUAUUUCCUGUAUGGUUACCGGCAUAGCAAGCACAGGAAGACUGCUUGUUUAGUGAUAGAGAAUCGAUAUUUGGAGGGUGCCGACGAGCAGUAUUGUCCGAUAAUUGGGCUUGAUACGAGCUCCAGCUCAGAUGCUUAA